AUGUCGUUACCCGGUGCCUCCGUUUCAGUGAAGACCAAAGGCGAGUCCGAUGUCUCCUCCGCUCCUGUCAAAACCGGCGCUCAAUCCGUUGUCUCCUCUGCCGAUCUCAGCUCGAUGAAAUCAAAAGGCGUAGCGGCUGGAUCCUCGAGUCCGAUCAAGCCAAUUGUAAAAACUGGUGCCUCUUCUGGCCUCAGCAUCGGUGGCAGGGGAAAAGCUAUUGCCUCCUCCGGCGCUAGAGGGAAGGCUAUCGUCUCCGACGACGUUGGUGAGACGUCGUAUCUGUGUCUUCUACGGCGCCUUCUCGAGUAUUUAUGGAUAGUGAUAACGAGGAAACCCAGUAUUACCUCAGUUGGUAAGGUUUCUUGGUUUGAGUGCACAGCAACUAUUGAUGAUGUUGUGCACGGUUUCGGGUGGUACUAUAUAGGCUGUGGAGAUUGCCAUACUAAGAGGCAACCAAAGGGCCUACAACACUUAUGUGUAAGACGUGUGGGAAGAGUGAGAUUGUUGGUGUUCCUCAGUAAGUACCUGUCCAAGAUCUCUGUCUAUGAUCACAAAGACCAAGCCAUUUUUGUUCUCCUUGGUGAUUCUGGCGAGGAGUUGUUUGGGAAGAAAGCUUCUGAGUUGGUUGAGACAUAUUACCAGGCCAAUGAAAGCGUAGGAGAGGAUCAUAUAGUUCCAGUCCCUCAGGCUAUGAUUGAUUCCAUUGGUCAGAACCGCAAGUUCAUUGUGAAGGUAUCAUCUCACAAUCUGAUUGGGAAGACCCAGGCGCUAACUGUGACAAAAGUGCUCCCUCUUGAAGCACCAGAGGCCAACGCCAACGUCGGAGUGAACGUUGAUGAUGAACCUGAUAAUGAAGGUGAGGGUCAUGCAGAUGAGCCGGUGAAGAGGGGUCAUGAUGGAAUUGAGUUAGAUGGUGGAAAGCGUGCCAGAUGUGGCUAA